AUGGCAGAUGACCAACCCAAAAUGUCUUCGCUCGUGCUGCCUGCAAUAAAACUUUGCGGGAUGUCAUUCGGGCUCUUUUAUUUUACUUGUCUUAUCUUACUGGAUAUCUGGAACGCAAUUAAGAGCAAACCACGUACAUGGUGGAUACCGGGCAAGGCUUUGAUCCUAAGUGCUUUAAGCAUCCAAGUUCUGAGUUAUCUGGACUAUAGCAAUAUAAGCUUUUCUGACACUCCCAAUCAUACCGAUAUAGCCAAGUUGCUUGGCAAUCAAUUGGUGAUUGAUAGUGGAAGGCUUGUGAUCUGUGUGUUCAUUGGCUAUUUGCUACCAGGUAUGGCCACUCGUGGCUCCGCUCGGGCCUCUAGCGAUAUUGUUGCGCUGGUUGUCAGUUUGUUCACAGCUAUUAUCUCGGAGCUUUUCUAUGUACACAAGGCCGGAAACGUAAUCCUUAAGGUAGAUUACAAUUAUGUUUAUGAUUUCUUUGAUCAAUGGCAACAUAAUCCCAAAAUAAAAAUCUGGUUCAUUGUAUCCAGCUCUGUUUUCUUGGUGGCAAUUGUAUUGCUCAUUUUGUUACUAGUCUCUGCAAUUUUAGCUGGCAAAACUGUUCGCUGCAUGCUCAAACAGAGGAUAAAUUCAGCAAUUUCGUUGAAUAAACCUCAUCAGGCUAAGGAGUGUUGGGAGAAAUUCGAAGAUGAGGUACUCAAAUCAUGGCUUCUCUGUCGUGCUGCUCAGCCUCAAUAUGUGAUUGCGAGAUCAGUGUUGAGCUCAUCGACCGGACUGGUGGUUUCUAUUUGCAUUGUGUUGUUCAUAGCUAAAACAUUAAAGCUGAGGUCUAAUAUUAUCCAUUAUGAUGAUGGACUGGAUUGGUUGAGACACACAACUUUCGGGUUGCAGUGUCUCUUUGUAGCAUUGGGCGGGUUGGUCAUCUUCCGAAGGUGGUUCAGGGCAGUCAUCUAUUUUCCAAUAUUCUUUAGGAAAGGGAUUAAGUGUCCUCCUUCUUGGCCACGGUGCUCUGUAGAGGAUUUUUGGACAAGGAGCAUCUCGGAGCUGAUAAAUAUGUAUGACCUACAACAGUGGCGCAGGGACCAAAAGCCCGCAGCUGAUAAAACUUGUUUUGGCGGCAUCUUUAUGAAAGUGUUUACAAAAUUCAAGUUGCAUAAGUUACUCUACUUUGUUUGGGCAUUGCAAAAGUUUCUCGUCUGGUUCAGCAAAUGCUGUUGGCUUUUCUCAGAGAUGUUUUUCGGCUCGACGUUAAUGCGGAGGGCUGUAAUAGGAAAAGACACGCAUUUGUUCAAAGACCAUCCAUCAGAGGAUGAAUUGGGGAAUUACAAGAAAGUAUUGGAGCACCUGUGCAUGCCGGGAGAAAAGCCGGCAAGUCUGUGGUUAACCAACAAAGCUUCGAUCGGUCAAGCCAGAGAUCGCAUUGAAAACGGGAAGAAGAGCGAGUGCCAGGGGUUGAUCGACCUAAUUAAGGAACGCCCUGAUACACCUUAUGACGAAAGAUUUGUAUAUCGGCUUGAAAGUUUGCCGCUUGUAAAGGUGUAUUUUCCUGCACUCAACGAGAGUUGGUGGAAGAUGACAGCAGUAUCAUUGCUGAGGAUCAUCAUCAAACUAGAAGCAGAUGGCAGAAAGAAAGGUGAAGCUAUAAAAGCUUACAAGCAAGCUUGGGACUUGAUGACCUUUGUUGAAAGUUCCAAUUCAGAACAGCCAAAUAGUAUUAAUGUGACUCAAGUUUUCGACUUUGAAGCGGACCUGGUAAGCAUGGUUGCCGACAAGGAAUUUGAAGAACUGGAGAAAAUGCAUGAUUCUUCACAGGUAUCCACAACUAAUGAUCCUAAGAGAGCCCUUGAUGAUUUUUUAGAAAAGGCUGAGGAGCAGCUCAGAAUCCAGAAGCUGUUAGAAGGUGAACAAACUCGUCCAGACGUAGAGAAAGCAGCUAGGCGUAUCGGUGAUGGGCCACAGGAUUCAAAGGACUGGAAUAAAAUUGUACCCAGUUACAGCAUGUAUAGGGUAUGCAAAAUACUCAAUAGCCGCAAUGAUAACAAUCUCAAGGAAUUGGUGGAUUACUUGCAUAACUGUUUAGGUGAUGUAAUUGUUGAUUGCCUGGAACGAUUGCCUAAGAUGCUGGUAAGGAGCUUUGGAGAAUGGGCGCUAGAAUUCCAGGAAGACGACAUGUGGGAGGCAUUCCAUAUAGCUGGUAAGUGCAAGAAAGUUGUCGAGGGCAGCGAAUUGAAGCUCAUCUGGGAGAUGUCAGAAUCCACCGAGGGACAAGCCCAAUAA